AUGAAAGAUAUUGCAUCAAAAACAGCUUUGAUCACGGGCGGUGGCACUGGGAUCGGUCUUGCGCUUGCUCUCCAACUAGCCGCAGAAGGAGCCAACAUCAUUGUUUCGUCUACGAGUCAAGAACGUCUUGCAGCAGGAGCACAACAGAUCCGAGAGGCAUCCCCCAAUGUCAAAGUGCUCGAUAUCGUCUGCGAUGUCUCAGACCGCGAAUCCGUCAAGAACCUGAAAGAAGAGAUUGGUAAAAUCGGUCUGCAAGUUGAUAUACUCGUCUGCAACGCCGGCGUUACCACAAGCGGGGAUUACCACCUUCACCGCGAGGAAGACUGGGACUGGGUUUAUGGUGUUGUGCUCAACGGAACCACCUACUGCAUUCAGGCAUUCUACCCAGAUAUGGUGGCUCGCGGUUCAGGACACAUCGUCAUCAAUGGGUCUCAGGCCGGCAUGGUGCCGAACUGGGUGACCUUACAUGGACCUUAUACGUCUGCUAAGGCCGCUGUGCAUGCUUUGGGUGCAGCUAUGCGCCCUGAAGCGGCAACUCAUGGUGUUGGAAUAACUACGGUCGUCAUUGCGGGGACGCAAACCGAGAUCAUGAAGAGCGAGAGAAGUCGGCCAGAAAGGUUCGGCGAGCCUCUGAAGGUGGAGGUGGCGAGGAGAGCGGCAAGAAGAAUACCCACGAGUGAGGUUGCAGAGAAGAUUGUUACAGGCAUCAAGGAGGACCGGGGAUGGGUGGCUACCCAUCCGGAUAUGAAGGAUAGGACAAAGCAGUACUUCGAUGAGAUUCUGGCGGCCUAUGAUCAGUAG